AUGUUCCCCGGCCAUCCAGAUUAUAUCCUCUGCGAAGAGACUCAACAGAAUGAAAACAACGUUGUAGACACCACCUUUCCUACUCGUAUGGUCCCAAUUGACAUUUGCUGCCUUCUGUUCUUGAAGAAUGAGCAAUCGAUCGAGCUGGUUGGUGCACCAGAAAGUCUUAUCAAGUGGACCAAAGUGUCUUCCAAGGCUUGGAUGUUACCCUGGUUGGCUCACAUCCAAUCAAUGCACUGGAAGGAAUUCCACAACGGUGCUUUAGAUUUCUUAUCUCAAAAGUGUUUGGCGCUCCUCCCCGCUAUGCAAAAGGCCAACCAGGGCAAGGAGAUCAGCUGGUUUGGGUCGAUUUCCGGCCAUCCGAAAUAUGGGCCUCCUCAUGGUUUUCUUCUCCAAGGCCACCUUGACUUUUUGGGCUUUGGCGCGGCGGCUUAUGAGGCGCACCCGGAGGAUGUCAAGUUUCAAUUGAUUAUGGAGGACCCACGUGAUGAUCCAUCUGAAAUGAAGUACACGUGGACGUUGACUGAAGAUGCCCACAAUAGUGUUAUUCCUGGGGGGCCGCCAAAAAUGCUGCUGACCCAAACCUACCAGAGGACCCUCGCCUCAGUGGCCAACAAUCGUGAUUCUUCCGACGUGGACGAGUUGGCGAGCACAGACAACACUUCCGAUGCCAGCCAUCGCGCUGAAGGGCAUAUUGCCAAGCAUCAACGCAAAAAUGCACACACCCCCAUCGACUACGGUAGCGACAUUGAAAUCGUCGACCUUCCAAAGCGCCUCUUUCUGCCUAAAAUCACUGCUCCAAUUCCUUUCGAAGCAAAGACAACCACUUCGCAAAGCUCUGCCAAAGUGCCCAGAGUUCCAAUGGGCCCCGCGCGACGCGCCAUGGAACAAAUAAAUAUGGAGACGUACUUGUGGGUUGCCCACAUCGAUACAAACGACAUGGACACUUGCAAACUCCUCAAGAAACACAAAAUAACUCACUGGUCUUUCUUCCGGAGCUCUGACAAGGACGAUCUAAUGGCCCUCGGUUUCUCCAUUGGGGCGGCACGCUCACUCUGGGAGGGUGUGCCCAGAUUAGAGGAGUAUGUCGAUGACCUCGAUCAUAACCGUUGCGUUUUUUCCCCACCAGCUAGCUCCCACCUUUAA